UUCCGAAUUGUUCUCUUUUUUUUUGAUAGAUAUUUGUUUGCUUCCAUUUAAAAGAACGGAAGAUAAUCUAUUUUCUUUACUCUCUCUUAUUUUUACUGCGUAAAUCGUGUUCUAUGCAUGGUCUUCUGUCGAUUUCUGUUUUUUCCAUUGUUUUUGGGGCAUGUAUCUUCAUCUCUUGAGAUUUUUUUGGUUCUGAAUCUGGGGUUUCCUCCACCAUGUUAGCAAGACAUAUUGUUCCUAGGGGUAUUUGGGUUUUUGGGUCCGUUUACUUUUUGGAGACUUUGGAAACUUGUUUCACUGCUGCAAACUCCAUUAAUGGACUUUUAAAUGGAGCUUUACGCGGUUUCUGCAACUUUAGUGAGUCUUCUGAGCUCCCUGAAUGGAUUAAAAACCCAAAGGUGGAGCCUUUUGUUGAUUACAUGGAUGAUGAUUUCGUGCUUCCAGCGAAUGGAGUAAAGAAAGUUGAUUGGAUCGAUAAUUUGGAGAAAUUUGACCAUAAAACUAUUUCUCGGGUUUCUUCCUCUGAGGAUACUGAUAAAAUUGGUUCAUUGUUGGAGAAUCUGCGUGAUUCCCCUGAAGAUCUUUGGAGGGCCUUAGACAAUUGUGGUGUCAAAGUUUCAGAGACUUUAGUGAACAAAGUGCUCCGGAGAUAUAAUGACGAUUGGAUUUCAGCUUUGAAUUUCUUUAGAUGGGCUAGUAAGCAAGUGGGUUUUGUGAAUUCAACUGAAACAUAUGAUAUGAUGGUUGAUAUUCUUGGGAAAAUGAAGCAAUUUGAUAAGAUGUGGGAUAUAGUGGAGGAGAUGAGGAAAAUAGGAGGGUUGAUUUCUCUAUCUACAGUGAGUAAGAUGAUGAGGAGAUUAUCGGGUGCUGGUAAAUGGAAGGAUACUAUAGAUGUGUUCUAUGGGAUUGAGAGUUUAGGUUUAAGGAAAGAUACCUCUUCUAUGAAUGUAGUUCUGGAUACUCUUUGUAAGGAACGUAAUGUGGAGCGUGCUAGAGAUCUAUUUUUGGUGCUUGGGAGGGAGAUACCCCCUAAUGCUCACACCUUCAAUGUACUGAUUCAUGGAUGGUGUAAAGCUAAGCGCCUGGAAGAGGCUGAGUGGACUAUGAGGGAAAUGAAGGGAUAUGGAUUCAAUCCUUGUGUAAUUUCAUACACUAGUUUAGUCGAAGCUUAUUGUUCUUUGCAUGAUUUUCAAAAUGUUGAGGCCCUUCUUAAUGAGAUGGAAGCGAAGGGGUGCCCCCCAAGUGUGGUCACUUAUACAGUUGUAAUGCAUGCUUUUGGGAAGGCAAAAGAGACCCAAGAGGCUUUACGAAUCUAUGAACGGAUGAAGAAAAGUGGUUGCACCCCAGAUGCUUUGUUCUAUAAUUCUUUGAUUUUUAUAUUGGGGAAAGCAGGUCGACUCCGAGAUGCUCGAACUAUUUUUGAGGAGAUGCCUAAUAAUGGAAUUACACCAAGUCUUACAACAUAUAAUACAUUGAUUUCGGUUAUUUGCGAGCAUUCUCAAGAAGAGGAGGCUCUGGAGGUUCUUAGAGAGAUGAAAGAAAGCUCUUGUAAGCCUGACAUUCGAACCUAUACACCUCUGCUGAAAAUGUUCUGCAAAAAAGGAAGGAUGAAGGUUCUUGAAUAUUUAUUGCAUGAUAUGAUAAGGAAGGAUAUCAGCCUUGAUCUUGGAACUUUCUCUCUCUUGGUGCAUGGACUUUGUAGGGCCAGUAAGUUAGAUGGGGCAUGCUUGUUUUUUGAAGAAAUGGUUAUCAGGGGGUUGGUUCCAAAGUAUAAUACUUUUCGAAUCCUAAGGGAGGAGCUUGACAGGAUGAAUAUGAGGAAAGAAAAGGAGAGGAUUGAGCAGUUGAUGAAUCGUGCAGAGAGUCAGAAGCAGCUUGGACGUCAUAUGAGACUGCAAAUCGGCUCACAUACUCAGGCUGUACAUACAUCUGCAGACCAGCUAGUUAAAGGCCAUACAAAUGGAUAUUGAUUCAAAAGAGGAAGAUGGUUUUCGGGUGCUUCUGAAGC